AUGAUUGUGUAGAAUAUUAUUUUUGAAGAAGAAACUAUUAAAAAUACAAUGAAUGUUUGUUUCAUUAGGUGAAUAUUUUUAAAUUUGUUAUCAAUUGCAGGAAUCUUAUUAUUAGUAGUAGUAAAUUAUAGAUGAAAUUUAUCUGAGUUCAAAAAUAUUCAAAAUUCAGGAUUAAAAAGUAGCAAUGAAAAAUAUAAAUUAAAAAAUACCAUGGGUGAAAAUUUAAAAGAUCUUACAUAUGAUGAAGAUCUUUAUAAUAUAUGGAACCAUACCUUGAGUGUAGCUAAGGAAUGAUUUCAUGAUAUGCUAAAAGAAUUAGCGCUUUAUAUAGAAUAUUAUUUACUUAUAUAUGAAUAUCAAUGUUAUCAUGAUUUUUAUCAGAAUGAUAAACCUAUAAGUGUAAGAAUUAAAUACAAUACAUGGAAUAUAUCAAUUUAUCAUAUGGGUGAAAAACUAUCAUUUACAUAUAUAGAACAUACUCAUUCUUUUUAUAGUGUAGCUAAAGAUGGAGUUUAAAUUGAUGAAAUAAAAAACUUUAUUUACUCAUUUAUAAAGUAUUAUGGUACAUUAAUAAAUGAAAUAUUUAAUGAACAUAAGAAAAUAUUUACCUAA